AUGUCGCAAGCAACUUGGAGGCAGUUCUUCUCGUACAGCAAGUACACGCAGGUUGCUGCGCGUGCUGUGCGUCAGUCGCUCAAGGAAACUGAGCGCGCCGAUGCUGAGCGUCGCGCUUUCCAAGCACUUCGUUACCAGGAGUGGAAGAACGGAGAAGCCAGCGACCACAUUAGCCUUGCGCCGGCUCAAAGCAAGUAA